GUGAUGUGAAGCUGCAAGUGUUUUAAUAGCUAACCUAAAAGGCAUACGUUGCAAGCAUUUUCCUUCAGUCGGUUGCAUUAUCUAGUUAUAAGGAUACAAUUUGAUGCAAUUUAAGCUCAAGAUGAGAUCAUACUACACUCUCUUUACAAGUGCAUUCCUCGUUACUAUGGCAACGGGGUGCCCAGAUAUAUCGACGGUUUUAAAAAGAAGGCCAACGGUCAUGUCGAACUUUAACGAAACGCUGUGGAUGGGUCAAUGGUUUAAGCAGCGUUGGUCCCCACCUUGCAGCUGGAGUGGCUCUAGAAAGUUUAGUGACCAGGCGAUGAACAACGAAUACACGGACCAACCAGAGAUCAUUCUUGGACACGCCGCGUGGAGGAUGAAUGGCCACUGUGUGCAGGCCACCGAACAUUUGCUGAAGGAAAAGGUUCCUGGCAUAUACAGAGUUGUCGACCCAAUUGGGGAUGUAUUGACGGGAGAAGGACGAGUUGUCGCUACUGACUACACCGGUUACAACAUAUUCUGGGGAUGCACUCGGCCAGACAUUGUAGACCCAUUACUAUGCGAUGACCCCUGGAUGAGCGUUACAACAAGGAACGCGCACCCGGACCCGAAAUGCAUCAAUCAUGCGGCCGACGCUUUAAAGUCCAUUUUCGAUAUUCCAAUUAACGCCAUCCUUCAGGUGGAACACACAGCAGCAUGUGUAUGCGGGUCGAAGAAGACGAUUUCUUAUUCUUCUUCGAAGACGUCCAAGAAAUGGUAUAAAGGGUUGGCGUAACUGCACUGUAUGACAUGACUUUUUAGUAAAGGAAGUCUAAACAAAACUCAAUUUUUCCUAUUUCAUUAUUUUCUAUUAUAUAUAAGUAUGGCUUUUUAAGUCACUUUUAAUCUAAACUAUAGUUCCUUGUUCUAUAUGAAGCUGAGCAUAAAAAAAUUGUGUAAUAAAUAAUACAAAAAUGAUAUCUGAGUUUAUUAACAUACUUCGAAAAACAAGUUUAAUGCAUAGGUAUCACCCUUUGAUAAAACUAAAACAUUUAAAAUCAAUAUAAAAACACCCGUUAGUCAUGUCCGUUUUUUUAUUUUGCUUUUAUUAUGCAUUGGAACUUUAAAAUCAUGAAUAUUUAUAUGACUUCAACUAACAAUUAAUCACUUAUAAUAGAUACACUGAUAUUGAUAAGUCAAAACAUAGCUUGUGUCUUUGCUUAUUAUUUAUAUGGAAACAGUUAAUAGCACUUCAACAUGUUCACGAGAGAAAAAAGUAAAAUAAUUAAAUGCAUUUCAAGUAUGCCUGAUCAAUUAGCUUUCAGCUGCAAAAAAGAUAGCUAAACUCUAUGUUCAACGUGCCGCGAAUCAGCUAGUUUUGUACUGUCAUGCUUUCUGACAUGACAUAAAAACAAUUUCAACGUCAUGCAUGUCUUUGUGCUAAACUACUUUUUUUCUUGCUCUGUUUUAUAUCCAUAGUGUUUUUUUCAACAGUUAUAGUUAAGAUGGUUACAAGUUAUAACAUUUUUAUUGGUCAAUAUGAUUUGUUUGUUGUUCAAAAAAUGUUAUUAAAAACAGCCAAAUCUU